AUGAGCUGCAACAAGCGUUUCACACUUGAAGGUUGCCCUGAACGAAAGACAGCUCUUGACGAUCGGGAAUUGGCUCGUUAUGGCAUUGAUAUGGCUGCACUCUCAGAAACCAAAUUUACUGGUCAUGGUAAUCUCACAGAGCAGAACUACACCUUCUGUUCAUCUGGUGGGGUCUCACAUCAAGCUGGUGUUGCCUUCCCAAUUCGAAAUGGGCUACGGCUAGAGUCCUUUCCAGAGGGUAUAUCUAACCGGCUGAUGAAACGACUCCCGCUCAACACACUCAAUGUUCCACGAACUAAGAAACUACUGAUUUUGGGAGAUUUUAAUGCUAGUGAAACAUGGGGCUGUGUCCUGGGUCAGCAUGGUCAUGGUAAAUGCAACUCAAACAGUAACAUGCUUUUGGAACUAUGCAUAGAACACGAUUUAGCCAUCACAAACACAUUUUUCAAAACACCAGAUAAUUGGUAUAACACCUGGUAUCACCCUCAGUCUAAACAAUGGCACCUUUUGGACUAUGUGUUGGUGCACCGGGACGACCUAAAGGAUGUAUGUUCCACCCGUGUUAUGAGAGGUGCAGACUGUGACACAGAUCAUCUAUUGGCUGCUGAGUUGCAAGACUAUGCCGAUGCAGGAAACUCAAAAGCUUUCUUUGAUGGUUUGAAGGCUGUCUACAGCCCGAGGCAGUGUGGUUCCAACCCGGUUCUUAGUGCUGAUGGGUCACAACUCCACUACACACCCAGUGACAUUCUGUCCAGGUGGCGGGAGCACUUUCAAGGGGUCCUCAAUCGACCAUCUACAGUGGACAACAGCGCUAUUGGCAGGUUAAAUAAACAUCCCACUCGCAGUGAUCUAGACAUCCCACCUACUGAGGCUGAGCUCAUUGUUGCUCUGAAACUGAUGAGCUAUGACAAAGCUCCUGGCGCUGACGGCAGCACUGGUGAGGUUUUCAAAAAGGAAGGCCAUGCACUUCAUCACAAGCUCCUUGUUCUCUUCCAAACCUACUGGGAAGCCGGCAAUCUACCACAGGACUUCCGUGAUGCAACAAUCAUCACACUUCAAACGUAA